GGCUUCGUGUCCUCCAAUUUUUUUUUCUCCUUGGCAAGAGAAAGCGAACUUGAAUUGUUAGGUAAACAUUAAGGUUCCAACUGUGAUGCUACAGCCAUGGCGAAAGAUCUGACGACUACCGUAUACGAACCCAUCCAGCCUGAGGGCCUGGCGCUCGGCUUGAUGGUGACGACCAUCGUUUUUACUGUUUUAUCUACAAUUGUAGUGGGCCUACGCUUCUAUGCUCGCAUUUCGCUAAACCUGUUCUCCAUUGAAGACUGGUUGAUGCUUGCCGGAUGGCUUGUCAACCUUGGACAUAAUGCUGCAGUCAUUGUUCUCUCAUAUAGUGGCAUCGGAUCGCAUGACGAUAUCAUCACGGUCGGCAUGCAGUUCCACAUGGGACUGUGGACAAUUAUCUGGCAAUUCUUAUAUGUCCUGGAUGGUGCUCUGAUCAAGUCCAGUAUCAUCUGGACGCUUCUCCGACUAGCUAAAGGUUUGAACAAGAACUAUACGCGCAUCUUGUGGGUUCUGUUUGCCUUUGCCUGGAUUACAUGGCAGAUCUCAUGGCCAGUGGCGAUCUUCCAGUGCAAGCCGGUCGCAGCAGCAUGGGGUGAACCGGGAGACUGCACCUCUGGCCAGACAGUCAUCUUGAACGUGUCAUACUUUGUUUCCGCCGCCAACAUCUUUACCGAUAUCUCUACUUCGCUCGUGCCCGCCUUCUUGCUUCGCCACGUCCAGAUCCCUCCGAGAUUGAAGAUGGUCACUAUCGGUAUUCUGUCUCUGGGUGUUCUCGCAUCUGUAGCAACCACCAUUCGCAUUACUUAUACUUGGGCCUACACUACGCCUCACAACAGAUACUUCGAGAUUGGCAAGAUUGUCUUGUUGACCGUGCUCGAGUGCGACCUGGGUAUCAUCGCUGGUUCGAUGCCCAUGCUGCGCACUCUCUUGCGAGUUGUUGCACCCGGGCUUGCUGCUACGGAUGGUGCAACACCUGGUCAAUCCCGCGACAUCAAUCUUAAGACCAUUGGCUCUUCUGGACGACGCACCCAUAUGAAGCUAACAAACGCUGGAGAGUCAAAAAACUAUGAUAAAGACUACCAUUUCCAAGACCGGGAAGGUAGUGAUGAUAACGAAUCGAGCCGCCACAUCAUUCACGUUACUCGCAAGAUCGAGCAGGAUAGUGUUUCUGACCGCGGCGGAAUGGAUGACCACUACCAAGUCGUCGUCACAAGCAGCGACGGACAAGGAGUAAACUAUGGAAGUGAUAGAUAUCACUAACAAUCUUUUGCUGCGAAGUCAUGAGGGUCGGGAUGAAAACGUGCUGGUCUCGCUCCGAUUUUUUGUUUCUCACACCAACACUAAUUGUCCAUUUAAAUCAGUAUUUUAAUAAAUAGUCUUAUAGGAUUGCCAGAGCCUCAAGGCUUAAAAAUCCGGAGUUUAGGAGGCUUUAGUUUACUUUUUACGAUAUCGAGAGAAUUGAUUUCUCUGAGGUGGCAUAUCGGCAAAUAAAAAUAGAUUUUGGAUUUAACGGUCACAAAUGACUUAAUAUCAACAG